GCCUGGGUGGGUGGGGAGUGUGGAGAAGGGGGUGCAUGGAGGAGGACAUCUGGCUUCCCUUCCUGUAGAGGAGGCUCAGGGCUGGGAGAGCGAAUCCUGGGGACAGGCUGACCAUGGAAGAUGUAAGUUACACAUCACCCUGUCUGUGGAUCCUCCUUAUAUGUCAUCUACUUGUACAGCUCAGAGUUUGAAGUUACAAAUCCAUGGAAAAUGUGUGAGUGUUGGGAUGCUUAUUAACCCCUUCACUUCUAGUACAGCCAAUAUCCUUGGCAAUCAGAAAUGUGACAGCCUGCUAGUGGCGAUCGGCUAGUCACACAUUUAAUGAUGCCUAGUCGCUUUCUCAAUUACUGCCAAGUAUUUUGGUUUCUGCAGAUAGGCACGAAUGCCGAGUGCUGAUACACAGUGCAAUCGAGUAAAAGAACCUUUUUGUUAGAAUAGAAUAUAGGAAACUAAACUUCACCAAUAAAGUUCUGCAAUGAGUAUUAAAGAAGUGAAUAUGCACGUUUCUUAAAUCUAAAAUAUUAAUAAGGCAGUGCAGAUACUUGUACGUAACCCUCAAAAUGGAAUAUUCCAAAAGUUAUAUAAAGCUCAAUUUGUAGCAUCACCUUUAAUUAUAAAAUCGGAGGGGAAUCAUAAGAUAUUGUGUCUUAUUUUGCAUUUAACUUACAGAGAAGAUGAAACUGUUAAAUAGGUGUCUUUCAUACCACGAGAUCAUACCACCGCACACUGCCACAGCAACUCGCAUAAAGAUGCUGAGCUCGUAGGUUCACAGUAAAAACAGAGCCCCAAGGAGUCUGAUUUUGCAAAGAGCCUCUGUGCGUUGUGCACCUCUGGACUAUAUUUGUUCCACAAAGACGUGUCCCUAUGACAAAAAAAAAAGAAUAAUUAAAUAUAAGACGCGGGAUAGUUAAAGAUCCAAAAUGUUUUCCUGAAUGUACAAUUACAUAUUUUGUAUAUUCUACCCAGAACAGUUUGUGGUAGCAUUCUCUGUGUGUCUGAACCCAUUGCCAAUACUAAAUAUAAUGUAAAAUAGAUUUUGCCACUGAUGUUUUGUAAAAAGAUGCUCUGCACUAGGAAUAAUCAACAUGUUUGUCAUCAGCAGUUUUAGGGUUACUUUUCCCGUUGCUUCAGUAUACCUAUGUGUGAAUUUGUCUCUGCAGCUCAGGGGUUAAUCUGCUAACAGCUGUGUGUCAAGCUGCUGUGAGCUGUCUAUGUGCUAGGGCUGUGCUUUGAAAGUGGAAAUGUUUUGCGGCUGAUAAAAGUUUCUAACUGUGGCCUAGAAAAGGAACACUGCGUGUUAACUCAUUGAUUCUAGAAUGCAGCAUAGAAUAUUUAGGGAAGUGGUGAAAACUGGCAUGGUUAAUGAGUACCAACAAUAAAAUCUGAAAUGUAAUACUGAGACAAAAACAACCAAUCUGUGACAAGAGCCCAGUUAGAGAAUGUUUCCAGAUCUGAUGUUUUUUGCCUCAAUUUUGCAAGGCAGAUUUUAAUUUGGUAGAAUUCAGAGUUAAAUGAAUAACCCUAGAAAUGUUUAACUAUUAACUAUAUGAUUUUCACAUAUUUAUCUGCUAUACUCCAUACACAGCUGGUGUGAAAUAUACUAAUUUUUAACUCUCCCACUCCCCAAAUUCUGUUUAAUUGUAUUUUGUUUUAGCAUUUCAGCAAAUCUAUUUUGUUAUAUUAUGAUAAGCGCAGGUAGACGUAGAUAACAAAAACAUGAAUUCUGAAACAGUAUAACAGUAUCUGACGGUUUUUAAGGUCACAGAGUUUCUUAACCCCUUAAGGACACAUGACAUGUGUGACAUGUCAUGAUUACCUUUUAUUCCAGAAGUUUGGUCCUUAAGGGGUUAAAGGUUUUGAACAUAUUUUCCAUAUAAAGAUUAGCUCCCCUGGCAAGCCAUGUCACAGUGUAUGUGGGGGUAGCAGGUGGGAAACCUACCAUUUCCAUUAUUUUAACCCAUGCCUGACUGCACAAUUGGGUGAAUUGGAGAGAGAAUGCAGCUACAUCAUGGCUAAGAGGGAGAGAGGCAAACGGUGUUUCAUUGCCCUUGUUUAUAUAUGGCACGGUGACAAUAAAAUUGAAUAUGAAUCUGAGAAUCCGUCACCUGCCAUACAUGGGUGAGCAGCAAGGGCGGCUUUUUCAUAUUUUGUAUUUCUUAUUUAAGUAUGAAAUAGAGCUAUAACUUCUGAGAAUAAAUUGUAAUAUUUUGUACAGAUUACUGCAAUCAUGCUUGGAUUUUGGCUGUUCUUUGUAAAUUAAUUCAAAUAGUGUUUUUCUAAAUUCUCCAAAACUGUAUUUUAUAGAGAGCGUUCAUCAGACAAAUAUGAUCUGAAGGUUACUUAGGGAACACAGAAUAUCAUCUCUAUAUUGUUCUAGGCAAACUGCUUGCAAGUAGAUAACAUUUUAUGUUACUUUAAGAUUUGAACUGAAAUCCCAACAGAGACAUAUAAGCUGUAGAUACCUUGUUUUUCAUAGGGGCGCAGGGUAGACGUUUUUGAUGCAAAUAUAAUUUAUACCACUGCUGAAAGCACAAUAUACAGGAAGAGCAGGCUAUCUCUACAUGUGUCGUCGUUCCCCUCACAUGUUGCCACUUCUUGGUGUACUGCCUUGGAGCUUCAGGAGGGCGUGAUAUGGCAUCACAUCAUCCCAGUGCUCUGAUUUAAAGGGACAUUACAGUCACCAGAACUACUACAGCUUAAAAGGACACUAUAGUCACCCAGACCACUUCAGCUCAAUGAAGUGGUCUGGGUGCCAGGUCCCUCAGGUUUUAACCCUGCAGAUGCAAACAUAGCAGUUUACAUUUGGGGUUAAGCCAGUGUCUAGUGGCUGUCUUCCGGCUGUCUUGCCAUAUUGUAACCGAGUAAACUUGCAGAAGCCAGACACAGAGAGAUGGAUGCAGGUUUUCAGGAAGUAAGAGGUCUUUAUUAACAUACCGAUCGGGCCUCAGAUGAACUAACGUUCCAAAACAGGCGAACACAUGGAGUACAUGCUUUUUAUAGAACUAUAACUCCUCCCAUUAAUAGCUCCACCCGCACAUACCCUUAACCAAUCGGUGAACAGGAUUUGGAUUUCCUUAUAUGGGCAGACCACAUGGCUCAUCCGAAACAAAGGAGAAAGGAAUGUGAUUUCAGUUCCUGCAUUCCUGCACAUGCUCAGUACAUUGAUGACAGUAUCUUAGCUACGUGUAACUAACUAACUGAUACAACAUACACAUAUGCCACGUGGAAAUCUCGGCCUACUAAAUUUACAUUUCACCGAAAUUCCAUCACAUUCCCCCCUUUGAUGCCUCUGAUACAAAAUUAUUCCAGAUGCAUCACCAAUCAUAGUUUACCAACACCUCUCAAGUAGCCAUGGACCAGAACAGACCUUGUAAGCAUUUUAGCAUCAUCACAAACUCCUUCAGCAUUCCUAAUCCUGAAUAUGUUCUCUUUGGGCUAGGGAUUCAUAUCUAUAGACAGCCAUUACAUGAGCAGCUGUCUUUGUUUCUAUAGUACUCUCUAUGAUACUACAUAUAGAUCUGACCACUAAUGGAAUUAGGCAGGGCAGAAAGAGACAUAAGAAUAUAAUGAAUACUCCUCCUACUAACGCCUUAAUCCCUCCAAGCUGCUCAUACCAACUUCCAAACCAACUACUAGGAUUAUACCCAUUCCAGACCUGAGUAGGUAAAUGCGUAAGUUUAACCAUGUGGCUUGUAAGUUCAGCCACUGCCCGCCCUUCAUCAUCUAUGUGCAAACAACAGUUGCUGAGAUUAAACUUUCCGCAUACACCUCCCUCUACUGCUAAUAAGUAGUCCAGAGCUAAUCUAUUUUGAUAGAUGGUUGAUCUCAUCUGAGUAUUUUGCUUAGCUAGAAGAUUAAGUGCUCGAGCUGUCUCAUUAGUGAUAAUCUCAACCACCGCCUGUAGUCUUAUAAUAUGGUUGAGCAGAUAUAUUGGGGUUCUAUAUCCAUAGGUACCAUCUUCUGCCCAAGUAGCAGGUCCAUAAUAAUUAAUAAUGCGUUGGGGAGGCCACUCAUCAUCUUCCCAGCUACCUAUUUUCAAGGAUGCUCGCUUCUUUUUAUGAUUUACAUCAUAAACCUUAACUCCCAAGGUCUCUCCUGUCUCAAUUGGCAACAAGAAGAAGGAUGGUUUGAGCAUACCUAAUACACAUGCCCCUUCCCAAUCUUGUGGUAACUCUGAAUAUGCUUUCUUACCACAGAUCCAAUAUAAAUUCGCUGGGGCUUUCCAUUUGGAUAUAGCAGAUAAGUCAAACCAUACCUCUUUUAAAUGGGUGUAAUUGGCAAACGGAUUAGUAGCCUCUGAGACAUUUGAAGCUGACCAUCAAGUAGUAUCUUUAGUAUCAGCAUUAUAGGCCUUCUGUCCUAGACAUAUUAACUCGCCAACAGGUGUGGUAUACAAUGGCCCUUUCCUGGCUAAACAUACAUGACCUAUAAUAAAGGUUUUUAACCGCCACUCUGAUUUACCUCUAGUACUUACUUGAUGAUCAGACUGAGAAAGUGUUAGUUGUUCAUCUGUCUCAGAACCAGGGUACCAUACUUCCUUUGCCUCCCAUGGCCACUGGUCUCCCAUAUUAGUACCUCCACAUACAAAGCAAUUAGUUACAUUAAGACUACCCGCAAUACUCUCAGCCAGAUCAAUAAAUAGGUUCUUAACAUUAUGGGGAAUUUUAUCCUCAACACUCAUCUCCUCAUAGAAGGAAUGAAAAACCUGAUGAGUUUGAGUUGCUAUCGUCUCAGUUUCAAGUCCUACAUAUAUUAUGGUCCCUGGAUAUACUCCUGUGCCAUAUAUUAGGAACCCAAAUAGAUUUCCAAACUUAUCAAUAAAAUGUGGAUUAGAGGUCAUAUAGACAGGAUUACAUUCCACAGACUUACAGUGUGGUGUAGUGGGCAACCUUUGGAUAAUCAUAUCUUGAUCCACUGUUUUUCUACAGGUCGCCCACCCUACACAAGACCAAUAUGGACAAAAAUUAAAAUCCCUAUUUGGGCAAUCAGGAUCAGUAGAUCUUUUACUGGGACAUAAAUAUUUAUCAUUAAACCCAUAAAUUCGUUCCCAUUUAAGAUUACCAUAUACAUUCCAAGGUUUUCCACUACCCGAGAUUGCCUUACAUGCAUCAAAUAGUAGAAUGCCCGUAGAAUGUAUGGUAUUUAUCACAGUCCUGUUUAUCAAGGUCCCCUGGGAAUUACUGUUCCGAAUUACCAACCAAAUUGUACGGGAUUGGAAUUGGGGAUCAAAACAUUUAAGCUCUCCUGAUAUUGGUUUGCACACACUGUAAUCUAUAUCUAAAUAUCUACACUUAGAUACAGAUCCCCUACACUCAUACUGUGAGUGCCAAAUGAGUUUGGGAUAUUUGGUUACCUGUUUUCGUAGUCUUAAUGCAGCUAUCACAACUCUGUAUGUCCUAACCUUUACCUUCCUGAAAAAUCACAAAAAUACCUAAACACAUAAUAUAACAUAUUAUUUCAGAAGUCCUCAUUUCUACUCUUCGACCAUGUGACGGCACCUCAGCUUCCCGAUUGUGAGGGCUGCAAGGAUUCUUCUGAUCCUCACUUUUCUUCACAGAGGUCCCUUCGAGACACUCUGGCUAUGACACGUAGGUAGGUGGUCAGGCUUUAUUAUGGCCAUCAAAACACCUACUUGCUGAUAUCUGUUGUUACUUUCAACUAAGAUGUCCCAAUAUCUCCUUGUAUUAUUUCUCACUCCGACUGAGUUACCCCCUUUAACCGGAUCUUGCAAGGAUUUUCAUGAUCUGGAAUAGCUUGCCAAGAAUCUGCCGCUGGUUCAACCCUAGAAUGAUGAAUCCACGGAGUCACUUCUGCCACCUUUACAGCUUUUGGAGUAGAAAAAAGAACAAUAUAAGGACCCCUCCACUUUGGACCUAAUGGAACAAUAUUCCAUUCUUUUAUCCACACUUGAUCUCCCGGUUGAUAGGAAUGAACAGGUGGAUAUAUGUUCACAGGUAACCCAUUUCUGUAAUUCCUCCAUAGUUUUACCCAACUCUACAACUUGCUGCCGAGUAAUUCCUUCACCCAACUGAUUCAAGUCCCCCCUUGGAUUACUGAGUACGCUCAUACACGAUUUCAAAGGGAGACAGACCCGUUCUUCUGGUAGGAGUACUACGUAUCCGCAAAGAGCUAUUGGCAAGAGGACAUUCCACUUGAGCUGAGUUUCCUGACACAUUUUAGCCAAUUGGGUUUUUAUUGUUCUGUUCAUCCUUUCCACCUUUUCAGAACUCUGAGGUCUAUAUGCUGUAUGAAGUUUCCACUUAAUACCAAGCACAUGAGUCAAUUGUUGUAAACACUGAUGGAUAAAGGCUGGACCAUUCUCUGAUCCGAUAGAACACGGAAGUCCAUAUCUGGGUAUAACUUCUCGCAACAGAAAUCGUACAACUUCUCCUGCCUUUUCUGUACGAGUUGGACAAGCUUCUACCCAACCCGAGUAGGUACACACAGCUACCAACAAGUAACAAUAUCUCCCAGAUUUAGGCAUUACAGUGUAGUCUAUUUGCAAAUCUAACAUUGGGAGUCCUCCCAUAUAUUGAACUCCAGGGGGUUUGACAGGGCCUUGUCUUGCAUUGUUUCGAGCACACAAAACACAUCUUCAAACAAUAGCUUGAGUAAGAUUGGAUAAUAUUUCUGCUGCAUACUUGAUUUCUUUCCCUUCUGAAUUCAACAAUCCCCUUUCUUUAUACUAUGCUCCAUGGGCAUGGGUGGUUAGAAAAGCGUAUUUCGAAUCUGUGUAAAUAUUCACUCUCAACCCUUCAGCUAAUUGCACGGCCCUUGUUAAUGCAAUCAAUUCCGCCUUCUGCGCUUAUGUCCCUUUCGACAGUGACCAUGCUUCUAUCACCUUGUCUAUGGUUGUUACCGCAUACCCUGCAUAACGUAUAACUUCUUUCACAUAACUACUACCAUACUGUUUGUCCGGAUUCUGGAUGGGAAAAUCAUGAAGAUCAGGCCUGCCUGAAAACACUUCAUCCAUUAUCUCCAAACAAUCAUGUUGACUUUCAGUAGUCUGGGGCAGAAGGGUAGCUGGAUUCAAAUUAUUGACAGUCUCGAGGUGUACUCUUGGAUUUUCACAUAACAUAGCUUGAUAUUUGGUCAUUCGACUGUUGCUAAACCAAUUAUUUCCUUUGUAAUCCAAUAGGGUCUGUACUGCAUGGGUUACUCGCACAUAGAGUUCCUGACCCAAUGUGAGCUUGUCAACUUCUGCUACCAACAGGGCAGCGGCGGCCACUGCUCGCAGACAAGGUGGAAGACCACUGGCCACUGCAUCCAACUGUUUGGACAUAUAAGCUACAGGUCUUAGCCAUUAUCCCAAAUACUGAGUUAAUACUCCCACAGUCAUUCUUCUUUGCUCGUGAACGUACAGCUAGAAAGGACGCGUGUAAUCUGGUAGACCUAGGGCUGGGGCACUCAUAAGUGCUUUCUUAACAUCCUCAAAUGCCUUCUGUUGUUCAGAGGUCCACAAAAAGGGGUCAUAUUGUGUGCCUUUCACAGCUUCAUAAAGAGGUUUUCACCAGUAUCGCAUAAUUAGGAAUCCAUAUCCUACAGAAUCCUGCUGCUCCUAAGAAUUCUCGCACUUGUCUUCUAUUUUUAGGUAUAGAUAUCCAACAUACUGCUUCUUUUCUUUCAGGUGCCAUUAUUCUUGACCUUCGGAAAUAUGGAAUCCUAAAUAUUUAACAGUUUACUGGCACAAUUGUGCUUUCUUCCUUGAUACCUUGUAUCCUGCUCUCCAUAGAAUGUGAAGCAAAUCAUAAGUUGCUUGUUGGCAUAUCUCUUUAGUAACAGCUGCUAUCAAAAGAUCAUCCACAUAUUGAAGCAAUACACAUUCUCCUGGGAUGGACUUGAAAUCUUGCAAAUCCUGGCUUAAUGCAGAUCCAAAUAGGGUAGGUGAAUUCUUGAACCCUUGAGGUAGUCUGGUCCAGGUCAUCUGACGCUUUGAACCUGUAACAGCAUCUUCCCAUUGGAAAGCAAAGAUCCACUGACUCUCAGCAGCAAUCCGAAGGCAAAAGAAAGCAUCCUUAAGGUCUAGAACUGUGAAGUAGGUUGCCCCACCUGGUAUCAAAGCAAGCAGAUUAUAAGGGUUGGGUACAACUGGGUGUAUAUUGACUACGGCAUUAUUAACUGCUCUCAAAUCUUGUACAGGACGAUGUUUGAAUAAUGGAGGUAACCAAAUCUGUCAUGACUUGAGGUUUGUCGGUAUACGAAGAGUUAUGAGUCUUCCAAUUGAAUAGAUCAGUUGUGGUGAAGGUGAAUAGACAAACACUGGAUCUGCCCGUUGUAUUUGGCCAUUUUCGUCAACGUGUGUUGGGCCCAGUGUAAGUCGGAGGGGCAUUUCGUAACGUCGGGGUUGAAGGGUGCCAGUCAUCUGUCGGGUUAAUAUAGGACUUUGGCAAGGCUGUUUUAUAGUAAGUUCCGGUCUAGGGGUAGUAAGGUAAGGAGAAUGAGGCGGGUUAAUUUUACUGGGUGGAAGUUCAGUCAACAGGAUGUUGCGGGCCGGGCUGGGAGGAGCCUGACCAGGAACCAGAAGUGACGUUAAUUCCGGGUAUAUAGAACUAGUGGAGGUAGGUACAGGAAGGGGAGGACUCAGGGCAAGUGGGCUGGGCUCUAAACUAGAUGAAUGAGUGGGCAGGGGCAAUGGGGAAGGGGGAGUCGCAACACCAGCAGCACCUCCUCUAACCUUAGAGGAGGAGCAAGGGGCUGGGGGGGAAGUUCAGACUCAGAGGGAAAGUCUAAAAUGGGCGGGGUUGCGGCCCUGAUGGACAGGCGAGUCCUGGCCACCAUGAGGCGACAUUGGUCCUCGUGGCAUACCGUAAUCCAUUUAGGCAAUUCUUCCACAAUCUGUUUCCAACAAUCAAUAUACGGAAACUGAUCAUAGAAUUCAGGCCUACUAGACAGCCGCAUGCACACGUUGUACUAGAGUUAGAUCAAGACUACCACGUGGAGGCCAUGUGGUCACCAAGAUAGGCCACUCUCUACUACAUAAUGUAGUCAAACGCUUUGGGGAUAAUUUCACCCCAAAAUCACAAACUGUAUGUCCCUUUGCAAAGUUGUUCAACAUACACGACAAGGGAUCAACAAUCUUUGAGUCAGCCAUUCUUCUUUGCUCGUGAACGUACAGCUAGAAAGGACGCGUGUAAUCAAACACGCUUCCAACGAUCACAUUUGUUUCCCUGGCAACAGCACCACGUGGCACAGUUGCUAGGCCAAACACACACACACACGAAAAUACGCAGAGAAUUCUCGUACAUACAGUGAUAUCACGACGUCUCACUCACAAAGAUUUACCAACCACUAGAUACUUAUCUCUGUAACUAUAAAUCAAACCCUACAAUUAUCCACGUUAUAAAUCAACUUUUAACUAACCGACUUCUAGUAACCUCAUCUUUACAAUCAGUGGUUAUGGUACGUUAGCAAGUGGUUAUAACAGUUUUAAAGUCACAGAUCAGUUAGUAACAGUUAUGGUGUUACACAUAUAACAUAAGACAACAGUUUUUAGUAAUUUUUACACAACGUCAGUAGUUAUAGUACAUGUUAAUGGUUAUAAUACCGUGCGCUAUUAUACAGUAUACACACAAUUUACACUCCCAUUAGACCGCCAGCACCUCGAGAACUAUCAAACUAUUUACACCAGGAUUCGGUUAGUCUACGCUGCCCAAGCACCACAUAUAGCGAACUAGUGGGCGGAAUUUACAACAGUACCCAUUUAGUCUAUCUACUCUAUCAAUAGUCCAGUGGCUGAAUUUACAACAGGGCACACUUAGCCAAGAUAGGUUGAGAACUAGCAGACGGAAUGUACACCAGAAUCUGCUUAGUCUCGCUGGCCUCCCCGACCUAGCAACCGAAAUUUACACCUAGACACGCUAGUCAAGACAGGACACCGGUGUCCGGCAUAAACUAUUUACACCAAGAUUAACCCUGACCAAAACCCCCUUUAUUAGACGGGCUGACUACAGAGCGUCUAAUUUCCAGAUAAGCGGUGCGCCUUCGCUUCUUCCCUCCAGAGGGAGGGGGCAAGCCAAUAACUGGUUCCAAAUAUAAAACCCCUUGUGGGCCUACCGCUCUAACGGUAUCAGUCUUACCUCUUUGUUCCUGAACCUGGGCUCACACUCAUCGACGGGGCACACUGGUACUUACUACGUAAAGGCCGAUGAUCUCCUGGGCGAAGCAGCCCAGUGACGCCGAGAUGAAGGGAUGUCCAUGCAGAAGUUCAGGGGUGCUGCCGUAGAGAACGUUGGUAAAAAGUUUACCGUCUCAAAUCUCUACGCCAGCUUCCGUGCGAUGAGGUUCCCGGACCCAAUGUAACCGAGUAAACUUGCAGAAGCCAGACGCAGAGAGAUGGAUGCAGGGAGAUGGAUGGCGUCGGCGGAGGAGAGGUCACCAGCGCCGAGGGAGCCCGACGCUGGAAUAAGGUAAGCUGCUGAAGGGGUUUAAACACUGCCUUUGGUAACUUGAAAUGUUGGUAGGAAAACAAAGAAAUAUGAAGGGGGAUAUAUAAGCACUGGAAAAAGAGACUGUCAGGAUAUUCGCAGCUUUAACAUAUUUAGUAUAGCACGGUUCCCUACUAGAGAAAAUAUAAUGCAGAAAAUGAAUAGAAGGCGUAGUACCAGUCCAUAGAAUUGUCAGGUUUAACUCCAGAAAGAGUAAAAAAUUGCAGUCAAGGCCUAGCCGUAAAGACACUACACAAAUAAAUCAUUCAGUGUCAAUUGACAGCAAUAACAUAUACACACACUCUGAAAAAAACAGCGACAGAGGAUGGAAGGGUGGGACAGGACAUUCUACAGUAGCGCCAAUAAAAGAUGCAGGUUUGCAGCACAUGUCACCCUGGUUAGUUCUCAUUAUAGACGGGGAAGUGACACUCAGUGACAAGUCUAGUGGUAGAGAGAGCACUAGAAAUGUGGAUAGAUAGGGCAAUGGGAAUGGUGGCAUAGGGAUGGAAAUGGAAAAGGAAGUGAGUUUGUUACAGUUAUAGAAUCUAAGCCCCCAAAAAUAUUUUAACAAUAAAAACUAAUUUUAAUCAUUCUUGUAAAUAUAAUAUAGUAAAACAAUAAUUUGUCUAUGUUUCUUUUUAUAUUUUUCUCAUAAUGUUUGGACUUGGCACAACAGAAAAUAUUACUAAUAUUAUAGUGUUAAUCAUAAAAAAUAUAUACACAGUUAUACUGGGCCUAUUCUGUUUAGACACGGUUGUACAGAGAUCUUUAGACGUCCUUAAAGGGUACCUGUCAUGACAAAUACAACUUAAUCUCAGAUGAUAGAGAAUCAAAUUUCAUCAAAUAUUUCUAACAAAUAUCUAGAUUUUACUAAAAGCAGAGUUUAAAAAUUUGUCGUUUUCAACUCCUCGCAGGCAGUUUAGUCUGUGCUGAACCUGUGCCGAUCAGCAUAGAGAUAAAAAGGCUGUGCUCUACAUGUCUUUUAUCCUCAGAAUUAGAGAGCACAUAGGACAAUGCUGUGUACAGGAUCUGGAGGAGAGAGAAAACACUCCAUUCCAGUCUUGCACUAGAGGCAACUUCAGGUAACACACAAACAACCUUUGGCUCCCACAAGAAAAAAAUAAUCUUUAUUCUGCCACAACGCAGUAUCCAAUGUGAUUAAUUCUUGAAGAAAAAAAAUAUAUAACAUUUAAUAUGGAAAGUCUGUAAUGGUGACACAUGUAUCACAAAAAAAUAAAUAAAUGAAUUCUCAGAAUUCUGAUGACAUCUCACAAUUACUUCUGAUAUCUCAAGAAGUUGUUCAUUAUGUUUCUAUUGAACACGCACACCAGAAAAAGACAGACAGAAAGAAAUCUCCCCAUUACUCUUCUAUUAUGCAACUUACAAUUACUACUAGUAACAGAGUAGAGUUUUGUAAUGUUGGAAAAUUAGCCAACCUAAUAAGGAAUAUGUAGUUACUGACAUUUGUUCCAGGCAGUGUUUUGUUUGCAUACGGAUGGCAACUUGAUUUCAGCACUUCCCCACAGGAAAUGCUUUGCGGUCAUAAUGUCACUUACUGCAUUCAGCCACAUCUACUUCAUCCCGAGAUGUUUACCUAUUUGGCAUUCAAAAGGGUUGAAACUUUGUAAAUGUUAUUAUUAUUUUAUUAUUUAUUUAUUUAGCGCCAGCAAAUUCUGUAGCGCUGUACAAUGUUCACUUAUUAUCUCUUACAUUUAGCAAUAUCAACCUUUGUGUUGCCAAUCAUGUGCUUGGCCCUCACUGAUAUAAUGGGAGGUUAAGAAAAGAUUCUAUGACUAUAGGGCAUUUGUUGUGUCACAAUAUUUUAUACAGAGUUUGUAAUGUGCAUAGUGUGCUUAAAGGAACAUUACUGCAAUAGGAAUACAAAUAUAAGUUAACCCCUUAAGGACCAAACUUCUGGAAUAAAAGGGAAUCAUGACAUGUCACACAUGUCAUGUGUCCUUAAAGGUUUAAAGGAUCACUAUAGGGUCUUUAGGUACCCCCUUCCCCCCCCUCCCCCCCACACCUUCAGGGUCCCACUCCCGCCGGGCUGAAGGGGGAGGAAGGGGUUAAUCACUUACCUCUCUCCAGCGCCGGGCUCUCUCGCUGGGGAAAUCACCUCCCUCUUCUGACGUCAGCGCUGAAUGCGCCUCUAGGGGCUGUCAAUGAGAGGCUGGAUUAACCCUAAUGUAAACAUAGCAGUUUCUCUUUUAGGGGGAAAGGAUGGCACUAGGUCCCUCCGCAGUAUAUUACAACAGCCCCCACCCGCUGACUAUGAGUCAAACUGGGAGGGGGGACAGUGAUCUGUUCACAAGCCAUUAUUUAUUUUAAUCUGCAACACCAGAUGCCCACAGGUGGAGCAGGGGCGCUGCACCCCACCACGGCGCCAAAGGUUUGGGGGAGCUGCGUGGAGCGGGCUGAUUACUGUGCCAGCGGUCCCAAGAGGUGGUUCACUCAUUAACCAAGGCAGAGUAGGCACCUGCUUACCUGUACGGUAGGUGCCUACUCUGCCGUAAUACAGUGUGUCCGGGGGAAGAGGGAGCCAGUUGGCAGCGGCGGCAAGUGAGAACUGAUGCUCUUCCUGCUCCUCACUGCUCCCUGGUGUGCCCUAUCUAGUGAUGCCGGGAGCAGUAAAGAGCUGGAAAAACAUUGAAGCCACUGACCCCCAGUGAGAGGACACAGAGGACUCCUAAAAGUAGGGAGCGGCCUGAUGGGCGUAAAAAAAAAGAUCCACAAGAAAUAAAAUUAAUUUGUGAGUGUGUGUGCCAAAAUGUGUAAGUGUGCCUGUCAGUCUGUGUGUCUCUCAGUGUGUGUCUAGGCAGUGUAUAUGUGUCUGUCAGUGUUUGAGUGUUUGUGUGCCUGUCAGUGUAUGUGUGUCUGUCUGUGUGUGUCUGUCAGUUUAUGUGUGUGUGUCUAUCUGUGUGCGUCUGUCAGUGGAGUGUGUUUCAAAUCAGUGAGAUUGUGUGUCUGUCAUUGAGAGUGUAUCUGUUAGUGCGUGUGUCUGUGUGGAAGCCGGCCUCCUGCCCACCAACUAUGGGCCAGGUCAGCAACUGCAAAGACCCAUAUUUUAUUGCCCCUGGCUCUCCUGGUUCGGCACUUUCCAUUCACGCGCAUAGAACCGACCCUAGCUCCCUGUCGGCUGUUCGCAUGGACCAAAACUGCGAAUAGACUUCAGGGAGACUUAGCCACGAAUGCCCUGGAACUAUUUUCGUCAUGAAGACUUUGCGGUUCCCGGUCGGCCCCAAACAGCACUUAGCAACGAUUCUGUGGAGCUAUUUUUGCCAUGGGGCCAAGCGUACGGUCGGUCAAAUUAUGACUUCCAGGAAAUUCCUCAACCCCUAAACCGAUCUGGGUGAUUUUUGGAUACGUUGGUCACCCAGAUUAGGGCUAUUAGGGCUAUCCUUUUGUGGGGAUUUUAUGUUAUUUUUUAGGGUUUUGUAAAAAAUGAUGUUUACUGUGCCUGGAGAUAAUUGAGUUUAAUACAGUGCGGUGCUUAUGGUGCUCGCAAGUACUAGGAAGCAGCGAUUGACGGAGGUACCCAGUCGGGGUGCCAGGCGGUUCGUCACACACACCCCUCACUUAUUUGACACACACUGGCACACACUCUCAGUGAAAGAUGCAUGUCUGUACUUGACAUUCGCAAAGGGCAGUGGUUACUAAUAUGACCAUGCCCACAUGGGACACAAAAAAUUAUGCACCAUGGCGUCUGUGACCCUAGGAUGUGCCCAGGGUUGAGGCAUGGGGCAGGACUAUGUCCCUGCAUUAUUUAAGAGGCUUGGUUGGGCCCUUUCUAGUUUUAAAAAUUUAGUAGAUAUGCUAAGCCUAAGCGAGGUUUCAAACCUCCUUGGCCUUUUUAUUUAUUUUUACCUAUUUACCAAAGGUUUUUAACUAUUUACCUGCUGGCUACUAGUGCUGCCAGGAGCCAAACAAUUUAGAUUUUAUUUUUUACAUCAAGACCCAUUUUUAAAGGUAUCUGGGCCUGUAUUUGAAGCAUGUGGUCUGAAGUUCAGCUGCCCAACGGCAAUCAGUCCUGCUGGAAUCCGUACCAAAUUCAGGCUUGUUUGGAUUUUGCAGUUCAAAGAGCCCCGUAUGCAGCCAGAUGAUUUUGACAUUAAUGAAUGCUGUUCACAUUAGCUGGACAGUGCAACAAGUUACAAAGCUUUGCUACAAAACCGUGAUGAGUCUUUAGAAUGACAAAACAUUACGCAAUCUAUAGUUCUAAAAUAUCUAGGGAUCUACCUUUUGGGGACACCUGAUUUAGGUUCAGGCUGUCCCAGUAAGUUGUUUGAAAUGUGUCUUUUAAGGAGAAAGUAAAACGUCAGUUUACCACAGCACCAAAAGUGUUACUUUAUUGCUCAUGUAAUAGGGAUGUGCGGUUCGGUUCAGAAAUUCGGGUAAGUAAAAAAAUUAGUCUGCUUCGGAAAUUCGGACCAAUGGCAUUCGGUUCAGUUCGGCACUUCCAAAAUUUGGAACUUUGACAAUUCGGACAUUCGUAAGCAUCCCUCUCUUGUUUUGCCACUUUUCAGAAAUCCAAGCACUUUGCCACCACAACCACUUACACAUCUGUAGGGCUCCCUAACCCCUAACCACCACAAUCACUUACAGAUCUAUAGGGCUCCCAGUGCCUGGACUGCCACUACAACCACUUACACAUUUGUAGGGCUCCCUAACCACCACAACCACUUACACAUCUAUAGGGCUCCCAGUGCCUGACUGCCACCACAACCACUUACACAUCUAUAGGGCUCCGAGUGCCCGGACUGAAACCACAACCACUUACACAUCUGUGGUGCUCCCUAACCCCUAGCCCUAACCACAACAACCCCUUACAUAUCUAUAGGGCUCCCAGUGCCCGGAAAGCCACCACAACCACUUACACAUCUAUAGGGCUCCCAGUGUCAGGAAUUAGCUUAUUGGUCAAGAUUCCUUUCAUCAUUCACGUAACUUUCUUGUUGUGCCACUUUUCAGAAAUCUGAAGCAAUUCGGAAAUUCGGCAAUUCGGUUCAGUUCUGCACUUCGGAAAUUCGAACUUCAGACAUUCGUAAGCAUCCGAAUGUCCGAAUUGCAUGAAAUUCGUCCGAAUGUACAUUUGGAAUGAAACGAAUUGCACAUGUCUAUUAUUUAACAGGUCAUGCACGUAUAGUGAGAAUUGUGGGUGCAAUUCUAAGCAAUCAUUGGGUAUUUUUAACUGUUAAGUAAAAUAUCCCAAGCUUAGUGUAGGAUCGACAGCUUGCAGGUAACUGAAAUGCCUGAAAAAGGUGUCUUUUAAAAGGACACACUAAACACCAAAACCACUUUAUCUUAAUGAAAUGGUUUUAGUGCAUAAGCCCUGUGCCCUUUUUCUGAGAAAUGGCAGUAUUUACAUUUGUCAAAAAACACACAUCAAGUGACUGUCAUGCUUUUUAAUUGUAAAAGAGGAGAUGAAUCUAAUUCAAGAAGGAACACACAAAGGUUAAAAAUGUAUUUAAUAUCUGCAUCCAUGGUUUGGUUGCUAUCAAAACCCCAAGAUAUACUCACCAGAGCACAACACAAACUUGUGGCUAAGCUCGCAUUAGUCACCAGACGCACAAUAGCUGUACAAUGUGGCAACCACAACAAACCCUCCCUGGAGAUAAUGCUUUGUAAGACAACCAAGGUGAUGGAAAUGGACAAACAUUCUGCAAUAAUACACGAAACAACGAAAAAUUUUCACAAAAUCUGGGACCCCUGGAUCCUGGAGCAAAACCCGAGUCCGUAGGAAGGAGGGUCAGUGGCGUGCGGCCGUACCCCAAGGGAACCAAACCCCCCACUACCCCUUACCACAAGCCCCCCAACUGCUCUCCUCAUUCUUCCCCUCCUUACCAGAAACCCCCCCUCCACCUCUUUGCCCCGUCUCUUCCCCCCACCCUUCCUACACAUAUAUCCCUCCUAACACCCCCCCCCACAAAGGAAAAGAUGCACGCUUCAACACGACAACCCUUACACAAGGGAAAAUAACAGACACCAGCCACACCAACUCAACACCACUCUCUAGAGCCCCACCCCUGACUAAAGCACUCUAGGUACAUAGACAGACAUACUUACAACUAGGCAGAGGCCUCCCAGGCCCAAACACGAUUGGACACCAACCAUCACAACGGCAACAAUCAGCUUUGUGGUAUAAACCCAACAACUAACUAACUCGCCCCUGAUGAGAGCAAUACAGCCAAACCUACCCCUUGGAGGAGCUCUCCAUAAAACCCCACUCCCCUCACUCUGCAAUGCCUAGCCCCGCUUCACCAGGGACCGACACAAGGAAAUGGGUUCACACAAAGACCGAUACUAGCAACAAUGUAUCUAGACCCAAACAAUGUACCAUGUACCAGUCUGUACCCUACCACACAAGCAACGUACCCAUGAUAUAUGUAUGGAGGCUUUCAGUUGAAUUCUUAUGUGUAUCAACUUAUCCUCAUGACAAUGAUAUGAUUGUAAUCUACCAACAUGAACCCACCCCUCUUCUUUAUUCUUUACCCCACUCAUUUGAAAAAUCUAAAUAAUUUAUUUAAAAAAUGUAAAAUGUAUUUAAUAUCAACCUCAGUGUUCCUUUAUAGGUUUCCAUUUAAAAAGUGUGGUAGACUAAAUAUGAUACAAACCUGAACAAUGGAUAUUACGGUUUGUUGGCGAAAUCUGCGAUACACUUGUUCACAUCAUGAAUACCUUUAUUAGAGUGAAGCUCCUGUUAUACACUCAUACACAAUAAAGAUAACUGGGGGUUUUUCGGAGUCCUGUUGGCACAGUACUGCAGGAAUGAGACAGCAGGCAGGAUUAGGGAGGUGCUUUGUUAGCCCAGCAAUGUGUAGGUGUGUGAAUGGACUGGUCAACCGCAAUCCCAAUGUUCUCCAAGUCUGGACUUGCUCAUUGAGAUACAUUCUGGUGGACUUUAUCACCCGGGAUUGACCAGACUGACAUUCAUAUUUAUGUCUGCUCUUACUGGUGAUGGUGCAGUCACGGGAAUAAGAUUAUGUCUCUUAGUUAUGCACAGCUCCCUACGAGUAUUCCAUUAUGAUGUACAGGUAAUGCUGAUAGAGAGUGCAGCACAUAAAUGACAUGACACUCUGCAACUCUAGCAGCAUCCAUCUGACUAAUCUAUAUAUUGUAUACUGGUCCAUGUGACAUGUCAAAAUCACCAGCCCUCCCCCGUGCACUCUGCGGGAGUUUUAUUCCACUAUCUGAUACACUCAUAUACUUCACAUCUUUAAACAUUUUCCAAAACAGGGUACUUGGGAGGUAUGUCUAUUUGACAUUUUACUACAAUGUACAUGUGUUAUUUGACCUUUCCAGUAUAGUGGCAGAUAUACAUUAGCAUAGCCCGCUUGCUAUGCACAACUAUUUGGGUAUGCCCACGUAAAAUGUAUGUACUAUGGGCCUGCUAAAAUACACAUACAAAGCUAUAAAUAGGUAUAUCAAAGGGCUACCAUCAGCUUACUAAGCAGUCCAUUUAUUGUAUCUGAUGAAUGCAACUACAUGAUGCUUAGCUACAGAUCCCUUAAACAGGAAUUCAUUAGAUAAGAUCAGAUCACAGAGCAGAGCAGAAUGAAUGUCUCAUAUACUAUAUACGAUCCUAUAUGUUUCAUCUUCGCUCUAGAUAAGCGAAGAUGAAACGGACUAAAAAAAGUCUGCCUCUCCUUAUAUCUUCUCUGUUUAGCUCAUCUUACUUCUCUAUAAAACAUCUUCCUACUUCUAUAUUUGUCUGUUUCACAUUAUGUGUCGGACUUCCUCUGUGUGAUUUCCCUUUGUCAUGUUACUUGCUCUUAUCCAUAGCAUGUCCUCAUCUCAGUCUGACAUAGAAACUGUUAUCACAGAAUCCAUUCUCGUGGGGAGAGAUUCUAUUCCUCUUACGUGACACAGUGACAAUUAUACACAUAUAAUGUUUUACCUUGGUUAAUCCUUUUACUAGAUUAUUUUAAAGUUUAUUACUUUAAACCUAAUAAUUAGGAGUAAGGGGGCAGGUGGGUAUUUUAUUUGGUGGGGAAAAUAAGAAGGGGUGUUUUUUUCCCCCGCAUAUAAACUAUUCUCCUGUCACAUUCAACAGAGGGGCAGUUAAGAGAGGAUUUUGAGAAUCUGUGAUCCUAUGAUGAAAUGGUGGCAGAUAGGUUUGGGUGCGUUAGUUCACAUGUGCACAUAUGGAGUUUAAUGCUUUUCUCGGGAAGCACAUGUGCAUGCAGAUAAAGUGAUGAUUAUCAGGAAUUCAAAGCGAAUUUAAAAAUUAAAUAUAAAGAAGCUGAACUUGGAAGAUUUUUCUAUUUUGGAUAUUUUGGCCUGAAAUUUUAAAUUUGAUUUGAAUUCCUAACAAUUCUCACUUUAGUGAAUAAAACUGGUGAUAAUUUGAACUGCCUUCAGCGUUUUUCUGGAUAACUUUUAUUGGUAUUUAAUGGGAGUGCUGAGCAAAUCCUAUAAACACCUGCUCCUCCAGUCUUUUAACACCUGCUCAUCAGGUCUCUUCCGUAGUUUGUGAUGAAAAGACAUAAAAUAAAUAACUGAGCAAGAUAACAGAAGCAAUGGCGCAACUUCUAUUACCUAACCAAAACUUUUGGCACUUUUUUUUGCAUAUCUGUCCUUUGUGUUUUUGUAAAGAAAGGUGCAACAUAGACUUACCCAUAGGAAGCUGAGCAAGAAGGUGGGUUUAUAGCAGCAAUUCUUGCAAAUUACUAAAGUAAACGUUCAUUAGGAUCCUUAAGGUAUAUAUUAUUUUCUUAUACUUUUUUUUUUUGCACUGUUAAAUGCACUAUUGUUAUUCAUUAUAAGGAAAACUAUAGUGUUAGCAAUAGUGUCCUCUAGCCGUUUAGUUUACCAGCCCCACCUUCAAGUGCAUUGAAAGGUAGUCUACUUACCUUUUCUCCCACGUAGCAGUGCUCUUCCUACAGGUGCUCCCACCUCCAUGUAUGAAAUCGAGAACGAUUAUCUCAGCCAAUCCAAUUCUUUCUCAUAAGAAAGCAUUGGGAGCCUAGUGCGCGUGCGCAGCAAAAUAUUAUCAAUAUCAGUAGACUGCCACUAGAGGCAAUUAAACCUUGUACUGUAAACAAAAUUUGCAAUUGUACAGUUAAAACUACAGGGACAUUGGACCCAGACCACUUCAUUAAAUAAGAGAUAAAGAAGUCUGGGUGCGUAUAGUAAACAUAGAAACAUAGAAUGUGACGGCAGAUAAGAACCAUUCAGCCCAUCUAGUCUGCCCAAUUUUCUAAAUACUUUAAUUAGUCCCUAGCCUUAUCUUAUAGUUAGUAUAGCCUUAUGACUAUCCCAUGCAUGCUUAAACUCCUUUACUGUGUUAACCUCUACCACUUCAGCUGGAAGGCUAUUCCAUGCAUCCACUACCCUCUCAGUAAAGUAAUACUUCCUGAUAUUAUUUUUAAACUUUUGUCCUUCUAAUUUAAGACUAUGUCCUCUUGUUGUGGUAGUUUUUCUUCUUUUAAACAUAGUCUCCUCCUUUACUGUGUUGAUUCCCUUUAUGUAUUUAAAUGUUUCUAUCAUAUCCCCCCUGUCUCGUCUUUCCUCCAAGCUAUACAUGUUAAGAUCCUUUAACAUUUCCUGGUAAGUUUUAUCCCGCAAUCCAUGAACCAGUUUAGUGUGCCUUUAAUUUUUUUAUAUUGUUUCCCUUUAUUAUUCUUUAUAUAGGGACACUUUAGGUACCCAGACUUCAGCUCAUGGAAGUGGUCUGGGUGCAGUGUCCAACGUCCCUUAACCCUGCAGUGGUAAUUAUUGCAUUUUUAAUAAACUGCAAUAAUUACCUCCCAGGAUUAACUCGUCUACUAGAUAGCCUCUAGACCAGAGGAACUUCCAUGUGGUUAGGCGACUUUUAGUCUCCUAAAUGAAGCAGGACAUCCUCAUGAGCUAUAUGGUCCAAUCAAGGGCCUGUCUCAACCUGCAUACCUCCCAGUGUUGAGAGGUAUGUAUACAUUUUACACCAAAAGCACUACACAGCUUUGAUAUGUUGACUGUCCUUUUAAUAUUACAGAUGAUUUUAAAAACUCUAUUAGGAAAAUAAAGAAACAUGCAAAUUCAGAACUAAAAUGUGUGAACAGAUCACACCGACGGUACUAUUUAUCAACACGUUAAAUAAAUAUGAGGCUUGCUAAAAACAGAAGAGGUAAAUGUACGAUUAAAAAGUGAAUUUACGUUUGAAACCGUCUAAAAAAAAUAUUUUUUGCUCCAUGUUUAUUUAAUCAUCUAAACUUAGGGCCACUCUGUUGAAAAAAAAAAAACAACCAAAAACUACUUGUCACAUCAGUAUAAACUUCCUAUGGUUUAGUCAUUCAGCGUAAUGACUUGUUUAUUCAAAUACUACUUGUAGAGGUAUUGCCAUGUGGCUUGGCAUCAACAAACUGCAUGCUGGCACAGGGCAACAAAUAGAUCCAAUUAUUAAAUUUCUUUUUAAGUGUGACAGUUACUAGUACAGCAAGGCUUCAGAGGAAGCACCUCUAUUCCAAAACAACCUCAUUCAUUUUCAGUUCACUAAAAUGUGCUGUUUAGAGAACAAGCUCCACAGGACUAACCAUUUUAGAAUUAACUUUAAAAAAAAUGGCUAAACUAGAAAAAUAAAAUUGAAAAAUUCAGAAAGACAGCAAUUUUGAAAGUUUACAAAUUUUGGCAUAACAUUUGAAUUACCUUUGGAAUAGGAGACAAUACACACCGGAAAAAAACAGUAAAUAACUUCACCCCCUAGAACGUCUAAUGCCCCUCACAUCCAUACACCAUGCUGAAAUAAUAUCCCUUUAUUUAGUAAACCUAUUAUUUUACUGUCUCCCACCUUUGUCCAUACAGUUAUUUUUAAUAUCCGGAGUUCAGCAAUUGCUGAACUGUGCCAUACUGUCACAGAGCUCUCCUAGCAUCCCCCAUGACUUUGUGUGUGCCUUGCAGGCCAGUGUAGCUUACCAGAAAGACCUUCCUCUUCUGUGUUGUGGGUAAAGAGAGUCAAAACAGCCACCAAAUGGACCCACAUAGAUUGAUCUCAGCAAUGUCUGUUGGGGGGCGGGGAGGAGGGUCAGAAGAACCAAUCACCUCUGCUGGAAAAGGGCAUAGAGCUCUCUGUUGGUAAAUGGGUUGAUUAGCAGGCCAGCCCCCAAGGACUCACUUUUGGAAAAGAGCAGAAUAUAAUGAUUCUGUCUACUGGACACUCCCCAGCCAAGGGCAGAGAGAUCAGAGGUAGGAAAGGCCACUAGGCUAAAUAGGUAGGAGAGAAAGCCUUACUACUACAGGGAAGGGUAGUGGGAUAUAUCUCACUUUUAGAGAAUAUCACCUGGGCCUAAUUAUUGAGUAACUCCUAUACAGUGAUAUUGUGAGCAAUUUGUCUGUCACUUGCACCUCAUGGUGUCCAUCCUUCACUUAGAUAUGUCCAUGUGUAAGCAUAGGGUGUUUAGAUGCAAACAUAAAUAAAUGUUGGCAUAACUGAGCACUAGGUUCCUUGACAAAUAUCACUUGAAAUGUAUGAUAAGCCUCUAUUUCCCUAUGAAGAGACAGUUACAGAGUUAGUCACUAAUUUGAGAAUUCAAGAUUAAUUUAAACCGAAUUUCAAAUUGAAGGUUAGAGUAGCAGAUCUGAAAACAUAGCUGACUUAGAGACUUUUUCAAGUUUGGCUGUCUUGACCUUAAAUUUGAAAAUCACUUUGAAUUCACCAUGACGUUUAGUGAACUUUAGUGAACAACCCUGUUAGUUUCCUCCAGCUUCAUAAGAACUGCAGCUUCCACAAGUUUUUAAAGGGUUACUGUAAUCCUUUUUAAUCAUGAGUUUUUGUUAUUUUAAUUCAGACUGCCCUAUUGAGCAUUUCUACUUAGGUGCCCGCCUUAAACAGUUAAAACAGAAGUUUUUACUUACCUUAAUCCAGCACCAGGCAUGCACAUGCUGAACCAGCGUGGAGAUUGUGUGGGGAGUUAUAGUGGGAGGGAUUUUUAUUAAAAUAAAAAAAUAACGACUAAAAUGGAGAGAAGUGAGAGGGAGCGCUCAGGAUGGGGGGGAGCAUAUCAUCAACUUGCAGGCUCUGCGAGAGAUGGAAAAUAUGGCAACAGACAUAAAAUAUGCACAGAAAUGGGCAGUGCGGAACAGAGAUCUCUCUUUACAGGAAAUGUGUAGUGAGGCUGUGCAGAUUACAUGUAGGGGAGGUGUGGCUAGAGCUGCAUAAACAAAGACAUUUAAAUACUAAAUGCCAAAGGCUUAAGCAGUUAAAAUACAACAGAAUGAUCUAUACACCAAAACCGCUUCAUUAAAUUAAAGUUGUUUUGGUGCUUAAAGUGGCCCAUUAAACUUAUGCCUGUGCCUAGAUCUGUUGAACAAAUUUGCUUGACAUUAACCUAUACUGAAUUUUGCUGUAAUAAUAUUUUUUUUUUUUUUGCAGGAUACACUACCAUGUGUACUAAAAACAAGAACAUUUUUAAUCCAGUACAUGUGGUUUCUAUUACUUUUGUUACUCCUAUGUUUUUUUAUAUUUAAAGUUUGCAAAUCUGCUUGUCAGCUUACCACAAUUCACUGACCAGAGAAUUAACCUAUUUAGAAUCUCGCAUCAAAAGCCUUCUGCACAUAUCGAAGAUAGUUUUGAUGUUGAAGUGUAGUUUAAUUAACUGAACAAAUUCUAUUAAAAUAAUUUUUUGGGGGGAGAAUGCAUGGCCUACCUGUCUCCCUAAUGCACUGCUUGUGUCAAUGUGGGUAGCUUAUUACAUGAUUAACUAUAAAAAUCAUUAGUGUUUGGUAUGAUAUGGGAUUGUCCUGUCCUACCACUCUGGAAAAAGUGCUUCACGUCAUUCUAAAUCAUAAUAGUAAUAGCUCUGCCCUUGUGCCCUGUUGUUGCCUUCUGCCACAUGUUUCCUCCAGGGCCCCGAGAUUGGAAAACAAUCCUGACAAUCUCAGUCGAUCGCAAACCUUUGAGUUGGAAUGUGUGGCUCAUAAUACAUAUAAUACUCUGCAAACCAAUGACAAAAUGUGGUCACAAACCAAGUUUCCCCACCCCAGCACUCUCGAUGAGUGUUUUUGUUAUAUAUGAACUCGUUCUGUAAGGUAAUGAUGGAAUAUCGUGCCUGUUGCUAUGACGGUGUUCUACUCCAUCUUUCUAGCAGACCUCCACCUUUUCUCUUCUUCAUAGUCGUCCUACUCUCUCAUCAUCCCUCCUCUGUCAUAUUUGUCUUCUUGCACUCAUAUUACCCAUGUCCUAGUAUUUCUCUCUACUAGGGUACUUUGUGUUUGAUUAUAUGUCCCUUUUGUAUGGUAUGUGUUACUUUAAGUGAAUUGUAAUAGUUGGCUUCUAAAUUAUCUAAUAUUAUUUUAUGAUUUUAUGUAUCUUUGUUAUAAUAUCUGUAUUGGUUAAAAUAGAAAAAAACAACUGAAAUUUGAGUACCCGCGUUUAUACAGCCAUUUCUAUUUUAAGUUUUCUUUUGUAAAUAACAUUUAGUUGGAAAGUUUAAAUGCAUUGUUAAAGGGACACUAUAGUCACCUGAACAACUUUAGCUUAAUGAAGCAGUUUUGGUGUAUAGAACAUGCCCCUGUAGCCUCACUGCUCAAUCCCCUGCCAUUUAGGAGUUAAAUCCAUUUGUUUAUGAACCUUAGUCACACCUCCCUGCAUGUGACUUGCACAGCCUUCCAUAAACACUUCCUGUAAAGAGAGCCCUAUUUAGGCUUUCUUUUUUGCAAGUUCUGUAUAAUUAAGAUUUUCUUAUUCCCAUGCUAUGUUAGUAGCUUGCUAGACCCUGCAAGAGCCUCCAGUAUGUGAUUAAAGUUCAAUUUAGAGAUUGAGAUACAAUUAUUUAAGGUAAAUUACAUCUGUUUGAAAGUGAAAACAGUUUUUUUUUCACGCAGGCUCUGUCAAUCAUAGCCAGGGGAGGUGUGGCUAGGGCUGCAUUAACAGAAACAAAGUGAUUUAACUCCUAAAUGACAGUGAAUUGAGAAGUGAAAUUGCAGGGGAAUGAUCUAUACACUAAAACUGCUUUAUUUAGCUAAAGUAAUUUAGGUGACUAUAGUGUUCCUUUAAAUUUAAAUCUUUUUGAUAAAUAAAAAUGAAUUCCAUUUUCAUUCACUGAUAACUUUUUAUUAAAAGAGUAAAACAUGGCUUGGAACAAAAUGGUGUGUAUAUAUAUAUAUAUAUAUAUAUAUAUAUAUGUAUAUAUAUAUAUAUGUAUACUAUGUACUAUAUUAAAAUGUUUACCAGAAGUAAAUGUUUUAUGGACUGGAUUGAAAAAUUGUCUUAUUUUAAACGUGACAGCUUCCACUUAAAACUAUUCCAUGUUCACAUUAGUUCAAUGUCAGUAGUCUUGCCAAAAUGCAUAUUAAUCUUUCAGUUUGGACUCUUUGUCCCCAGGGUGUGAAGGGGAACAGUAACACCACUCCAGUGUCUCAGGUUCCCGUCAAGGCUGGAUGGUUAAAGAGAAGUAGCGGGUUGCUGGGCCUGUGGAAAGAACGCUACAUUCUGCUACUUAAAACACAGCUUCUCUUGUGUGAAAGCGAGGUGAGUUACAAGUAAUUUCAAGGCAAGCUAGAGAUCUCACUGCACCACUGAACAAAUUGAUACAUGUUCCUGCUAUCAAUUAGGGGGAGUGUAGGCAUCACUGGGAAUGAUGCUGCCUCAUAAAGAAGACUAAUGGGAUUAUUUACUAAUGUGUGAACUGAGGUGUUCUGACAACAGAAUUAUACAUUGUUUCACCAUGAAGGAUAGUUUUGAAAUGUAUCUAGUUUUCCAAUAUGCCAUUGACGAGUUUGUUAAAAUAGCAUUGUUGGGAGAUUUUUUUUCGAACUUGACUGCUUUGGCCUAAAUCCUAGUGGUCAGUUCUUAAUUUUCCACUUUUUGUAGUUUAGUGAAUAGGUUUUUAAACGCUGUUUUCUCUCUAUGUAGAUGAUAUUUUGUAGAGCCUGAGGAAAUAUUUUGAAGGCCAAGUCCUAAAGCUCCCAUAGCGAGGGUGUGUGAAGUGGGUGUGUUUCCUGUGCUGUCACCGCUGGUCUCCACUUUGCCAGGAAUUUCAGACACCCAACCCUUCUGCCAAGUGAGACAUUUUUUGUGAAUAGAAUCUUGGCAAGAAAUUGUGGAAAAUAUCAGUGCUACAAAAGCUUGCAUAUGUGAGAUAAGCUGGGUUGACACCUGUCAGUUCUGGGUAACUUGCCAGAUAUUUACCAGUGAUAGGUGCUCUUGUCUAUUGUGCAGGAACACAUGUGGGUAUAAAAGUACACAAAACUCUUACUGCUCAGUAAAAGCGUCAUGGCUCACAAAGUAAAUAAAAUUUAGAAUUAGUACGUGGGGAGGGGGCUUGUUUCAGUCAUACCUUGUCACAACACUAGUUAAAGAGUAGGCUUUGAGGCACUAUGAACAAAAUGGGCUCUUAUACUGGUACGCAUUGCAGGUUAACAAUAUUAUUAAGUCACAUUGGUGGCUUUCCUUUUUAAAUCUGCUUCCCUUUCCAUUCCUGUUUAACCAAGUGUGGAGAACUGACACAAGCAUUGCAUACAUAAGGCCAAAACAGCUGGGCUGGAAAAAGAGUUGAGCUAAAAAAAAAAUUCCAUUUCAGCUCAUUUUCCCUAAAAAUUGUAAUUCCCUUGUUAGUUACUUCAGUUGCCAGCUGAGUGAAUAACCGUGAAUUACAGCCUACUUAAGACUAUAAUAUGUCAAAAGAAUGCUGUGUUCUAGUGAUGCAAUACAAAUUAACAAACCACUUACUGUCCAAGCCAAGAGCAGGUCUCUCACUGCUACUAAGCAACAAAAUGACAGCCAACACAUACCGGAAUCGUUCACGAGAGACUUAUUGUGGUGUAAACACUAAAAUCAGAGUUUAGUUGUAAUGAGUAGUGGAGUUCAAAAACAUUGCACAUUUUAAAAAAUAAUUUAGCACACAUUUAAAUGGGAAAUGUUUUGACAAAACACAAUAAUAUGUUUACUGGUAAAUGAUACAAGAUUUACCGACUAAAUGCUAAAUUUCGUGAUUUAACAAUGUAUGUUAACCUAAAAUGAGUCAUUUCCUAGCUUAUUGUACACUAUUCUGUGUUCAGUGUAUAAACCUGGCAGUGUAUAAAAAUAAGCACGAUGUCGAUUUGCCACAUUUCUGUUAGUUACUCUGUUGAAUUCUGUUUAGUUAAUAAACCCCCAACGUCUUUUGAAUUUAGUCAUCUAUAAAAUACAGGUAGCCAACUGCAAGCUAUACAAGUCUGUCUGGAAAAAGUUCGGCCAUUGUUAUUAUAACGAGAACGGUUUGCGCAACAUCAAUGUAACCUGGCAGCCAAGGAGAGUGGCCUGGAAUGCGCAUGCAUUAACAAUAACAACUUCACUGUGCUGGUCCGUGGGGGCGCUAGAGCAUGUGUCAUCACAUUCAAAAUAACUGAGCGAGUAGAGCAAAGAAUCUGCAUCAAAUUUUACAUUAAGCUUGAACAUUCUUCUGCGUAAACUAUUAGGAUGAUUCAGAAGGCUUCCAGGGACGAUGCAAUGAGUGCAGCGCAAAUAAAAGUGUGGCACAAACGCUGUUGAUAAUCUGUUUAAAGAUUGGCCUUGCGACUUCUGACUCUUCCGAAAACUAAAAUCACCUUUGAAAGGGAAGAGAUUUCAGACUGUCGAUGAGAUUCAGGUAAAUACGGCGAAGCAGUUGAUGGUGAUCCCAACAAAGGAUUUUGCAGAGUGUUUUGAACAGUGGAAGAGACACUUGGGGAACUGUGUGAGGUUCCAAGGUGCCUAUUUUGAAGACGACUGAGGCGUCAUUGUCCUAAGUACAAUGUUUGUUGAAUCUUGUAUCUUUCUUCUUUUCUAUUUUUCAUAUUACACGGCUGGAUACUUUCCAGGCAGACCUCAAAGAGCCAUUCAGUAAUAGUAGGGCAUUGUGGUAUUAUACUGCAGUAGAAUGACCACAUAUGAAAUAAGCAAAAAGGCACUGCUAAUUAUUGAUAUAACCUCUAGAGCAGAGUCUUUAUCACCAUUAAGUGAACGUUAUUUUAUUGAAAUGACUUGUCUCUUUCACCAGUUGUACAAUGCUGCUGAAUAUGAUAGUACUUUAUUAAUAAUGAUAAUAGCAACAUAAUUUUGCAGGAUGAACAAAAAUGUCUGGAAACACUGGAGCUUGGAAGUUACGAGAGAUGUCAAGAUCAGAAAGCCUUCCUUAAACGCAAAAGACAUUUUACACUUAUCCCUUCCCCAGGAACUAAGGUAGGAUUUGAAAGAUUCACUUCCUUAUUUUCUAGAAUAGAAUUCAUGGGGGAAGGGGAGUAGCAGUAUAUUGUAUAUUAUUGCAAAGGGAGGAACAUGUUUCUGGUGUACACUGGCCAUUGGGCUUUGGUUUUACCAUGCUCAUUACAUGAUAAAGAUUUCAUAACAGUUAUUGAAAAAAGGGUUAACUCUAUAACAUUCAAGGUCCUUCUGCAAAGUGUGUGACUCAUAGUGAAGAGGUGACUUCUCAGAAGAGCAGCCCAUCAGGAAGUGUGAGCAAGAGGUCCGCCUGCACCGUCUUUAGACACAACUUAAAUAUUAGCAGCUGCUUGACAGGAGCGAAAUCUAAAAUAGAAAGGAUUCAGCUACCAGCGCUGCAAAUAGAUAGCAGCAUAUAGGAGUCCACUGACAGCCACAUAGCCCCUAUAAUCAAACCAGAGAUGUUUUUAAGCAGACAAGUCUUAUUUUUGCAGGUACCUGGAUAGCUGUGAAAUGCAGUAGCGGCAGAGCGAACGAUUACAGGAAAUGAUACAAGUAGAUGUUCAGAUAUAAAUAAAGUUAGGAUCUUACAUACAGAUACCUAUUAAAGUACAUACAGAAAGUUGUGGGUUUGUUCAAUAAACAGUGAAUUGUGGUUAAUGGAACACCAUCUUGAAAAAUAUAGACAAAAAAUGUCAAAGUUGUGAAAAUUCUCCAGUAUGGAUAAUUUUUCCAAUCUGCAAUAAACCCAUAAGUGCCUCAUUUGUUCCAUGUUGACUAAUAGAAGAAUUGUAACAGUCAUCAUAGGAACAAUAUUGCUCCCAGAUUGCUUAGUGAGAGGACGAAAUAUCAAAUGUUUAGGUCUCAGUUAAGUUGAUAGUCUCACCUAUAUAAUUAAGUUUGUGAUUCUAAGGGGUAGGUGGGAUGAUCUAGCCUCUGUCAAACUGUGACUGUCUGGAUGGAAAACUGAAUACAUUCAUUAGAAGCAGUCCUAUCACUAUCCCUAUGUUUUUAAUGGUUACUGAUAAUGGUCCGACAGCCAAGGGGUUAUAGAUGGGAGAUAAUUCCUCAUUAACCACCACCAACUUUGUCGCUCUCUUCUAGAACUCAUCUAGAUUACCCUGCACAGAGAGAGUGACUUUAGUUUUUUUUUUUUUUUUUAUUGUAGACAAUAUUGUACAGCUCAGCUAAUCAUAAUCCUACACGACAACCCUCCCACAAAGAUAAUAAAGCCAUGUGUUUGCUACUGUUAUGGAAAACAGUGUGUUGAUUAGAGCAAACUCAGCAUAAUUCUAGAAUGUAUCACAGAAAGUACAAAUGAUCAUCAACUUUACUUGUCCAUGCUUCUUGGUCAAACACCUCUAAGAUCAUUCAUCACCUCAUGCUUACAGUUAAUGUAGAUCGUAUUUGUAAAUAACUGAUCAGCCUAUGACAAAUAUUGUGUUUCCUGUAUUACAACAAUCUGAUUAAGUUACAAGAGGAUUCUGGGAGAGUGACUAUUUUGAUAUCACAUGAAAGGUUCAAAACACUCUCACUUCUCACAUUGGGAGGAUUGAGUAACACAUUAACCCACUAAUUCCAAUAAAGUAUCAGAUGCUUCCUUUUAAGGUGCUAGAAAAAGUGCAGAACUGAAAAUAAGCAUCAAACACUCUGCAUAGUUACACAACAACAACAAAAACACAAGAAGUGCUUGUAAAUAAAAGUGCACACUUUUCAGUGUUAUUUCAAAUACAAUUGUGUAAAUUAUAUAAUAAAAAAUAAUACUUAUAUACACUAAAUAAUACUUAUAUACACUAAUUCCUCAGGGUUGUGCAUUCUAGAAAAUCAACAAAGUGCAAAAGGUUGUGCUUACUGUAUAAAUAAAAUCAGCUAAUAAUCCCCCCCAAAAUGGUAAAGCUCACAUAUACCGGAGCCUAUUCCCUGGCUCUGGCUAAAUGUUGCAUAACCCACAUGUUUCUGUCUCUUUAAGAUGAAUGUGCUGCAGCAAUAAAACAUGAAACAAAGGGGUCCGGAAUGGUGUAAUACCAAUUUAUUUUUGCCCCAAAAGAUUUAAAACACUUACGUUAAAAUGUUGUGAGCUCACAACACAUGAAACUCACGAUAUUUGCUUUAAAUUUAAAAUAAACACCAAUUUCAAGUAGUCUACGCUCUCCGAUCUCAGAGCGUUUUCCUGAUCACGUGAUACACUUUUUUCCCUGUGAGGUGUUUUGCCCAACCCAUGUGGGCUUCAGCCAGGGAAUAUGCUCUGGCAUAUGUGAGUUUUACCCUUUUGGGGAGAUUGUUAAAGAGUUUUAUUUAUACAGCAAGCACUGUGUUUUGCACUUUGUAUUUUUUCUAUUACACAAAACCCUGAGGAAUUGGUGUCUAAAAGCAUUAUUUUUUAUAUUUUAUUUACACAAGUAUAUUGGAAAUAACAAUGGAAAUUGUGCAAUUUUAUUUCAAGCGCAACACUAUUUAUGUUGUGUUAUUUUUUAAUGCGUAACAUGUGUCAGAUUAUAAACAUUUCCUUUUAUGGACUUGGGGAGUAAAGGGUAAUUCAGAAAAUAUCAACUUCUGUAAUUCCAGGAAAAAACUUCAUAAAAGACAGACUUUUGCAUUAGAUAAAUAUUGUGCAAGUCAAAACUGUAUAUAAUUACAAGCAUCUCUCUCCUACUCAAAAACAAGGCCAAUAAAUUUCAGCUAAAAUAAGAGGAAUUUUUGGAUCAAAGGGAUAUAACUGGAAAAAUAAAUGUGGAAUCCAGUGUUUCUGUUGAUCAGUUAAAGGAGACAUAGAGGAAGUAUAAUAUAAUGAAGAUAGAGUAGGGGUGGAGUCAACAACGUGGAAAUAAAAAAGCACAACACUGUUGUUAAAGAACUGGAUGGAAAGGCCACAGGAACAAGAUAGAGGAGAGGCUGGAUACAUACAAUACAGGAACGGAAUAGGGGUAUGAAGGGGAAAAAGUAGAGAGCUGUAGGUAGAGUGAGCUACUUUGAGGGCAAGGUCACAGUGAUGAUCAUUUUUCUUCUAGGUGCAAGAUGUCAAAUUUCAGGCCAAAAAUGCAGAAGAGAGGGAUACAUGGAUCCAGGCUCUGAAUGAGGGAAUAAGCAGAGGCAAAAACAAAAUCUUGGAUGAGGUAUUGAAUUAUAGAAAAUAUUAAUGUAUGAUACAUGCAACUAGCAUUAGCUUUUAAAAUGUGCUUGUAUUUGCAUGACAUUUUCAGCUCAGAAGUGUACAUUUCUUUCCUUGCUAGAACUGUAUGUGUUUAAGGUGAUACUUUUUAGGACACAGAUUAAAAAUAAGCCAUUUUUACAGGUAAAGGUAGACAACACCAUUUCUUUAGAGCAUGUGACUAGGGACCGAGUAAAGAUGGGAGCUGCGAAGAGAAGACCACCUACUAGGGUACACCUCAAAGAAGUAAGUUACUUCAGCAGAAAAACCCUGGGAAGCCUAAUGUUUAUUAUUUCAUAAUUUGGCAAUAUGAGCUUCCAGAGUUGUACAAUGCAGUACAAUGGAUGAUAUUUAUAACAUCCAGUAUUAAGGAAAGUUUGUAUAGGUGGGACAGUCAGACAAAACAUUCUAUUCCAUUCCAGGUUUAGAAUUUGCCCUUCAUGGUUCAUUUCUCUGUUCAUUAGACAUGUACAAUUCAUUUAGUUUCGAAUUUAGACAAGUUUGGCAAUUUGGUAGCUUUCAAAUUCUUUACAAAUCAAAUUCAAAGCUAAUUCAUGAGGAAUCAAAACCAUAAUUUUGGAUCUACUUGUUUAAUAAAGUUAUCAAGUUAGGGACUUAUUUACUCUAGCACUGAAACAGAAAAAUUAAGAAAAAGGGCAUUUUCUUAAUUUUGUUUUUUUCAGCUGUAUAGUAGGUAGCUCCCUAAAAUGGGUCCCUUAUGUGGGAUUUCCAUAUUUAAGGAUACCAAAUAGGGACCUGUUUAGUAUAUAGCUCCCUUAUAUGGUACAUCUAAAUAAGUCAACCACCAUUUGAGUAGAAUACUAAAUCAGGGAGCUAUUUACUAAACAGCUACAACAGUAAAAUAAUAAAAGACCCUUUUCUUAAAUCUAUUCCUAAUCUGGUACCCUUAAAGGACCACUAUAGUCACCCAGACCACUUCAGCUCAAUUAAGUGGUCUGGGUGCCAGGUCCCCCAGGUUUUAACCCUGCAGCUGUAAACAUAGCAGUUGUUUACAUUGCAGGGUUAAUCCAGUCUCUAGUAGCUGUCUCCCUGACAGCCGCUAGAGGCGCUUCCCCGAUGCUCAAUGCAAAAAUGGACCUGAUGGAAGACUACAGUACAAAGUUACAGACCAAUAACAAAGUUGUUAAAGUACAUGACACUCUCAUACAUAAUCAGAUAAUCCCUCCUCUGUGCCUGGGAGAUAAUUGGAUCAGGAACUGUACUAAUCUAAUCCAAUUAUCUCCAAGCACAGAAAAAAACAUACAUUUUUAUAAAACCCCAGAAAUACCUUUAAAACAUACCAACCCCCACAAAGUUACAUCCCCUGUUAGCCCUGAUCUGGGUUACCAACAUAUCCAAAAAUAACCCAGAUCAGUUCAGGUGUUCAGGAAUUUCCUGGAAGUCGUAUUUUUGACCGACCGCACGCAUGGUUCCAUGUCGGUCUAGUUCAGUAGUUUAAAAACUAAUAAACUACCGAACAUAGUCAAUGUUCUUAUCCUGGAGCUUGUUCUCCUCAUCCAGACGAACGAUUCCACCGGACAGUGCCCUUCUAACUUGUAUAGAACCAAACGCAGGCCAUGAUUAAAGUCCAGCGGUGUUCUGGAGUUUCUGUGUCCGAUUUUGGUUCCAUGAGAUUCAUUCCCAAACACCGCUGCCUGCUUUCAUGUGAACAAGAUGGCCGCCACCUCGUGGUUGUCCAUAGGAAUUGCGGCCACCCAGAUGAACAAUUAGAACACUGCGGUGAGAAACGUUCCAAGUUGUUAAUAGGUGUUAACAAGCUUCCGGGUGGUCCCCGGUUCGUGCGGUUGUUCGAUAGUCGAACGGUACAAUGUUAAAAUAGGAGGGGAAUGCAAACUACCGAACAGAAUAGCCAAAAAGACACGAACAAUGUCUUUUAUGAGUCUUUGUGCAUGGCUUAUAGUCCUGAGGCAGGAGGCUGGCAAACAGGCCCCUCCAAGAACACGUGGCAAGGUUACUUUCGCCACAAUUCUGUUUAUAUGAGGAUGCCAUGAAGAAUACUCUUAAGUCUCUACAGAGGAGACUAACCAAUUUUUUUAACCCCGAACAGUAUCUUUGUCAAGCAUUUACUUUGCCAAAAACCCAGUUUGAGGUUAAAACAUUGAUAGGUCCCCCUUGUGGUGGCUUAAAGGUAUUCUUCAUGAAAUCCAGAUUGGCGGAGCUCUUCUCUAUUUUAUUUUCACUUGACACUUUUUUUUGUGGAAACAGCAAAUAUACAAACAAAACUAAAGCAAGAAAAUCUUUGAAAAGAAUGUAAUAAGCGUUUAUAAACUUACUGUAAACUUGGCCAGGUUGCAUUGUUGGACAUGCCUCUGAGCAAGGGAAGUUUUCCCCUCCCUCUCCAGGCAACGGUAAAAGGAGAGGCGAAUAUAAAAAUUUUGUUUGUUUUUUCAUUUUAAAAAAAGUGUAUAUUUAUCUGCCCCCACAGACCCACAAUAACUUCCCCGAUACACACACACUGCCCCCCAUACACACACACACACAGUAUACCGCUCACUCACACUAUCUCACCCCCCACACACACACUGUGCCUUCAUACAUACAAACUGCCCCCCCCACACACACUGUACCCCUCAUGCACACUCUGACCCCUCACACACUGCCCCACACACAUUGCCCCCCUAACACACACUGCACUUCUCACACACACACACACACAAACACACUACAUCUUUCACAAACAAAAUGCACCCCGUUACACACAGUGCACCACUCACAUGCGCACACACACACUGCACCCCUCACAAACAGACACACAUGCUUAUUCCUUCUAUAUCUGUCCUGGUAUUUUCAGACAAUAAUUUAACUUGCUCUUUUAGGUAGCAGAGGCUGCAUCAGACGAUUCUUUAAGGCUAGGCCUUGAUAUUUUGAAGACUGACGUUUUAACAGUUGUCCCUCGCAUCCCUGAAGAAGUGAACAUUGGUCCCUCUGUGGACCCUCGCAUCCCUGAAGAAGUGAAUAGUGGUCCCUCUGUGGUAACUAACAUCUAUGAAAAGCCUGAACAGCAAAAGGAACCUGAAGAGAAGGAGAAAAAGACUUUUAAAAUUCCAAUGCCCCCCUCCAAGCCAAUUCCUCCUACAUCCACUGAGGUGCUCCACCCAAACACAACAGAUAGUGACUCUCAGAUGCCUCGCCCACCAUCCCCCCCACCAAAAACACUCAAAGAAUGUGUUUAUGCCCGAGAGAAGCUUUUGUCAGAGGCAGAAGAAACAAACGAUGUAAUGAAACCUGAACUCAAGAAACUUAGCAUUGAAAAUCUGGAAGUUACCACAAACACUCCUCCUAAACCUCCUCCAAAGAUCUUAUCUGAUAAAAUGAAGAUUAAGUGGGUGGGAUCUUCAUCCAGUAAUAUGGAGUUAGAAGGUAUCAAGUCACAGGAGAAAGGAAGCAAAGAGAACCUGGUAAACUUUGACUCUGAUGAAGGUAGAAGAUCACCAAGUCCUCCUCCAAAAGUGUUAUCUGAAGUUAUGGAAGCUCAGGACUUGAAACAUAGCCUAAGCAGUCUUGAUGGUGAAAGUAAGGGUGAAUCUAACCAACCAGAUGAUCAAGAAAUAGCUGAUACAAUAGAUGAUCUUCAAGAGCUGUCCGGGGAAAGCAGUGAUGAACAAAUGCCUACUAUGGCAGAAGUAGAAGAACAGUCGGAAAUUGAUGAAAUCCAGACAAAUGAAACUCUUGAGAAAAAAGAAUCAUUUGAACAACUAAAUGGAGUUUUAGAGACCUCCGAAGUAUCAGACACCGUACCCCACAUGACUUGCAAUUUAGCCGCAUCGAAUAUUUUGAACACAAAACAAAGAUCAUCUUCCAUGGGAGAUUUACUGUCAGAAGCUAACACAGAUGAUGGAAGUAAGAACAGGCAGAAAACCAAUGUGUUGCAUUUCACUAAGGACUACUUGUAUGAGAUGGAGAUGAAGCUGGCUAGUGGAAGGGAAAAAACUGAGACCCUUCUAAACCAGGUUUUGCAGGGUCAGUUGAUAAAGAGUAAUGAGGGCAAUGGGCCAGAAGUUAAUGCAGAGGAACUUCUGAAUGAGGCAGUGCAACAACUUAGAGAAGCAUCACAGGUAUUGCAGGAGAUCAAAGAAUCCGGAAAUUUAUCAAACAUGCCUGAGACAAUAACUGAAAAACAGAAAGAGAAGCAGAAGGAACUAGUGACUCUCUACAGGAGGAGUGUCCCAUAGCGCUGUUUUGGGGGUUUUAUUUUUACUUUUUUUUUUUUUAAUAUUUUUAGUGAUAUAUUGAGAUGAAGUCUGGGAGACAGCCAACUUCAAAAACCGCUUUGGAACUUUUUACAUCUCCGUCUUUAAUUUUUAUGGCUGCCUUAGGAUAAAAUGAACAAGAAGUCAUGUAAUUCAUACUGUUGCCUCUUAGUAUUUUGCAAACCAGACUUCUAUAUUUUGUCUGUGGCUGUUCUCUACAUGUUCCUAUGCUCAAUCAAGACUUUUCUUUGUAAAAAAAUCUUUGAAGGACUCUUGAGAAAUAUUUAAUUUGUCAUAAAAUGUCCAUCAAUAGGGUUACCAUCUUGCAGUACCCAAUAUCCAAUAUCCAAUAUCUCAUUACACUGAGACAGCCUGGUCCUGAAAAGUCAUCUAUUAUAUCACUUCACUGUUUUGUAUUCAGGGUUUUGCUCCACAUAACACUGUACUGAUGAGAUAGAGUUUUUAUUUAGGCAUUUCCCUGUUAAAAAGGGGGAAUAUGUUUGCUGGCAGUCUUUGACAAAGAAAUGGUUAACAUUACAAGUCGUAUUACAGUCCCAUUUCCACAGAAUGUUCCCGGUUCCCUUGUGAUAAAAAGUUGUUUAUUUCCUCUGCAAGCAGACUCUUUGUCACCCUGUACUCUCCUCCCUCCUGUAGGUCUUCCAGCAAAUGUGGGGUUUAUUCAAUAGAGAAAGGGAGAGAAUUGAGAAAGGAUUUGUGAAUUUCAAACCAAAAUAGCAAAUCUGAAAAUAUUUUUUAAGUUGUCCUUUUUUCCCAGCCCAUAUAUUGGCCCCAAAGUGUCAAUUCCCUUUUCACUUCUCAAAAAAAUGUUUUUUUAAAGCACCCAGAGUCUGCUAUAUCUAUGCAAGCUGUAUAUAAAAACAUUUUCCAUACUGCAUUUUUUUUUGCACAAGAUGAUGUAAUAAAUUCAUUUCCUAUACACUUCUUUCAAUAUUGGAAGACUGUCCAGCAAGUAGACUCAUUUUUUAACUUGUUCAUUAUUCAUCGAUGGCUUCUGGCCUGAAUGAGUCAUUUGACCCAGAGAUGUCACCAUGGAGUAAUGAUUUAAUUUAACGCAAUCUGUACAGAAUGUAUCAGGAUUUUUAUAUUUACUUUACUUAUCCUCGAUGUUUAACAAAUGUGGAUGCUUCACUGUCAAUCACUGUUAUAAGCUCUGUCCAUUGACCCUGGAAGUCUGCACAGAGAAAGUAUACAGAAGAAGAGAAAUGAUGUAAGUUGCCAAAACUGUAAUGUAAACUUAAAAGAUAUGGAGCAUCACAUGGGAAAACAAAAGGUAAGGACAAGUUAAAAGUGGUUUUGAAUGUUUUAGUCAUUGUUGUAAUUUCCAGAGAAGCAACAGUUUCUCUUUAAAAAUUAAAAAUAUCCCUUAAAGGACCACUCUAGGCACCUAGACCACUUCAGCUUAAUGAAGUGGUCUGAGUGCCAGGUCCUUCUAGGGUUAACCCAUUGUUUUAUAAACAUGUUUAUCAAUGGGUUAAGCCUUCCCCCAAAGCCUCUAGCGGCUGUCUCAUUGACAGCUGCUAGAGGCGCUUGCGUGCUUCUCACUGUGAAAAUCACAGUGAGAGCACGCAAGCGUCCAUAGGAAAGCAUUAUGAAUGCUUUCCUAUGCGACCGGCUGAAUGCGCGCGCAGCUCUUGCCGCGCUUGCGCAUUCAGCCGACGGGGAGGAUCGGAGGAGGAGAGCAGGAGGAGAGCUCCCCGCCCAGCGCUGGAAAAAGGUAAGUUAUAACCCCUUUCCUCUCCCCAGAGCCGGGCGGGAGGGGGUCCCUGAGGGUGGGGGCACCCUCAGGGCACUAUAGUGCCAGGAAAACGAGUAUGUUUUCCUGGCAUUAUAGUGGUCCUUUAAAAUACGUAGUUACUUAGUGGAGAAAUAUUUGAUGGAACUUCACUGCAGGAAUAAGGUCGGGUUUGUGAAUGGACACAUCACCUCAAUAGGUGCAUUCAUUCCCAGGUUGAGCAAUGAUGUUGGCUGGGAGUGUCUGGAUAUCAGGUAAGUUAUAGCUUCAUUUUAUUUUUUUACAGUUUAUGGGAAGGAGGGGAGCUAAAGAAUAAUGCCCUUUAAGGCAUUGUAAAAAAACAAAACAAAGGCAAAAAAGGGUUGGAGUACUUCUUUAACCUUUUUUUAGAUUCUAUGUAAUUAAAAAAUUUUGAUACCUAUAUUAUGGUUGCUGGCACCCAGUAACUAUUGGAAGCCAAUGCUAUCAUCCUCCAUCUGCUUGGAACCGAGAUUGGCAAUAUACCCUUUUAUUAGAGUAUUUGAAUUCUUUAAUUAUAUGGGUUUUACACUCAGCAGCGAGAUUUUGCUGGCUGUAAUUCCAGGCUUUUGAUGGAAUGACACUUAUUGCUGCUGGCAAGGUAAGACUGAUGGGAGUUACAAUGUAGUUAUAUUUGUGAAAUUACCAUUACACAGCUAUAGGUUAAAACUCCAUAUGACUCCUGGGCAAUAAACAUGGAAUACAGUGAAUCAUUUCAUAGACUAACAGUUAUUGAUAAUGCAAGUAUGACUAUUGAGUAGGGUUGUGUCUCUUUGUAUAUUUCUGUUGGUUUCCAUUUGUAAAAAUCUUUUUAUGCUUGCAUUUUGUUUCUCUGUGAUAUACUAUAAUGGUAAGCCAUGUCAGGGUAAAAGGUGUGACUGUGUUGUCAGUUUGGCUGUCUACAACAGACCGAUCUCAGAUAACUUGAAUAGAAUGUGCAGAGUAGAUUACUAUGCAGUUGUAUGUAGACGUUAUUGUGUAACCUGAGGAAAAUGUUUAAAGAGUCAACAAUCCGAUGCUAUUAUAAAAUACAUUUUGAUAACAGUGGCUCCUUAGAAUAUUGAUGAAUGUAUAUUAACAUUGGUAUUUGUAUAAAUGGAGGUGUCUGAUAGCCUGUCAACAAAACAUGUUGUAAGGGAGGACACAUUGUGAUAACUAUCUCAGGGAUUUCCUAAGGUAAUAGGGAUAUUAGUAGAAAAACAAAAAAAUGUCCAUUUACUUGAAAGUUAGUUUGUAAUUUGGACAGUAUAGAAGCACAAGGUCACAAGUCAGACAGAGAACAUCUUAUAUCCUUAAAGAAUAUACCAUCUAAGCCACAUCUUUAACAGCUAAGGUUUCCACCCUCCUCCCCUCGUUCUUCUUAACGCAUGGGCACACUGGGCCAUUGCCCGGGGGCCACGAGCAUAAGGGCCCCAUAGGCUUAUCAACCUUUAGAAUAUUAUAUUCCAGGAGAUGUAUUCAGAACCUUCAAACCCUCUUUACUAAACCGUAUAGGUAGACUAGUCACUUCAUUAUUGACAUCAUGAAAACCAAUGACUUCAUGCCAGUUAUAAAGCCAUUAUCUGCAAAGAAAUUUUCGAAUGUUUGUGUUGAUUACUUGAUUACUAAUAAAUCAUUCAAGGAAUUUCGUACUGUUCCAUCUCCAGCUGUAUGAUUUACCAACUGAGUACCAUUUUUAAGUUGAAUCUCUUGUUUUUUUUAACUUCAAGGCUCAUGUUAUAUUGUCCAAACGUUUGUGAGGAUUCCUCUCUGCUGUACAUGUUUAAACAUUGAUUUUAUGGAGAUACCAAUAAAUAUGAGCCCCAUUUUAUCAAUAAUCUAAUUUUUUAUUUCUCUGAGUGGUUGUGAAGGGAGGGCCUCAGUGCACUGCUUUGCCCGGGGGCCUAUAUUGCUUUUAAUAUAGAUUAAGGAACAACGCACACAUAAAAAUUUGUGUAUAAAUUUUGGUCACUACUUCACUGUACCCCAAUAUUGGUGUGAAGUAAGACAAUAUACCAUAUGGUGGAACUGAAUCCCCAUAUUUGUUUGCUGAGGUAGGUAAUUUUAAGCAGCC